GUGUUGUCGAGAUGGCCGCUGCCGCCAUCAACUUGGAAGAGAUCGACGAGGCGAUCAACUUUUGCCCCGAAGACGAUGACCUAUUGGACUACUUCUUGUCCGGACCGGGAGGGGCGGAUGGGCUUCUUGAUGAGCUCACAUUAGGUGCCCCCAACGAAGCAUUGGACGUCAUCCCGACCGAGUUGUCGUCAGACCCCAUUCCACACGACGACUAUGGGUUCAUUGUCUCACUGCCGCAAUCCAGUGCCCCACAUCCAUCACAGAGUCAUUCGCGUCACAUUUCUGUGGAUACUGCAAGCACAACGUCCUCGGUAGAAUUCGACGCCCCAGACUCCCCGUCCAACUUGGCCGAGAACGACCACGACACGGAAGAAGAGAAGCGACGCAAACGACUCGAGCGCAAUCGCAUCUCCGCCCGCGAAAGUCGAGCCCGUAAGAAGCAGUACUUGGAACUCCUCAAGAAGAAAGUCGCGCAACUCACAGAAGACAUCGGGUCGGCGCGCGGCCGGCACUUGGAGUCGGCAGAUCGUACCCUAUCGAGCCUCAAAGCUCAGCUCGUGUCGUCGCUGUACGACAAGAUCGCGCACUUGAGUCCACAUAUGCCGGUCGAUCCUUCCGUGCUGGACACCCUUCGCCGCGGCACCCAGCUGCUGCCGCUGCGCUUCGGUCCCAAUUCCAACGAACGUCGGGCAGUGGUGACCUACCGCUUCAAGCAACUGGACAGCCUGCUCUUGCCGCCGUACACACGCUUUUUGUUAUGGAUGAGCAACCAGGAUGAUCGUUUCUACACAAAAUCGACGUCGCCGCCCGCUCCUGCCAAAAAGCCCGACGAGCCGCGCAAGGACUCUGUGGCCAAGAAGGAGGGGCUAUGGGCGGCGCUGUCAACUGAGCUCGGGCUCACGUAUGAGCAAGAAGAGAAGAUCAAGGGCCACUACCGGGCCAGCGACUCGCACACGGCCCAGUUGGAGCGCCGAAAGAUCGCCACGGCCGUGAACUACUUGCAUCUACUCAAGCACAACAUGGCCGAGCGCGCCCACGCCGUGCAGUCCCAUGCCGACAAGAUCCAGGGCAUGCUUACCCCCGACCAAACCGUCCGGUUCCACAAGUGGGCCCUGGACCACCGAGCCAACCACACGGCGACUCUGAACGCCCGACGCGUCGCCCCAGCGCCGCACUUGUCGCCCGACAUGAGCUCCAUCUUGCAAACGACCGAUGUGACCGCGCACGACGUGACGGCGAUGCUGGCCGCCAUGACCAACCCAGAACACGGCGCCGCUCGUCCGUGAGGGGGGCAGCAGCCGCAGUCGUUUACCACACCUCGCGAUGCCAGAAGUCGACAAUGUGUACACUUAAUAAAUAGAUGAACCGUCGUGCGUUUUGACGAGAUCAAGCCGAGUAACAUUUGAAGAACC